AUGUCUACAAAGGCUAGACGCCGUCUUAUGAACGAUUUUAAGAAAAUUCAGCUUGACCCUCCUCCUGGUGUAUACGCUGUUCCACUUGAUGACAAUAUAAUGAAGUGGCAUGCAAUUAUUCUGGGGCCGGAUGGUACGGCAUUCGCAGACGGUAUAUUUCGGCUAACAAUGGAGUUCACCGAGAACUAUCCUAACGUCCCACCGAUUGUGCGAUUCGUUUCCAAAAUGUUCCAUCCUAAUGUUUAUAGUGAUGGCAGUAUAUGUUUGGAUAUAUUGCAAAACAUGUGGUCUCCAUCAUAUAAUAUUGGAGCAAUCUUAACAUCAUUACAGUCACUUUUGGGUGACCCGAACCCCAACUCUCCUGCAAAUACGACAGCAGCAGAAUUAUUUGAAGAAGACAAACGCCAGUAUGAAACACAAGUCCGAGCCAUUGUUGAGGAAUCAUGGAGAAAUGAUGAAUCUGUUGAUUGA